AUGCACUUCUUCACGUCAACCUUGCUCGCUCUCGCAGCAUCAGUCCCUCAUUUGGUAUCGGCUGCCCCAGCCAUUGCAUCCCCCGCCGUUCGAAAGCGUGCUGAAUCCGACAUCCUCGUGUUUAAGUUCGCUGAUGUCCUUGAACAAUUGGAGUCUGCGUUCUAUGAACAGGCUAUUGCCAAAUUCCAGGAAGCCGAUUUCAUUGCCGCUGGAUUCCCCUCUGCCAGCAUUCCCGUUGAGCAAUUCCUCAACAUCCAGAAGGAUGAGGCAACCCACUCUGUCGUCCUCCAGGCCGCUUUGAGGUCUUUCGGUGAAGAGCCUAUCACGAACUGCCGAUUCAACUUCGAUGCUGCUCUCACCGAUGUCGCCACGAUGGCCGCCACCGCCCGUGUUGUUGAGAACGUUGGCGUCAGCGCCUACCUCGGUGGUGCCACCCUCCUUACCGACCCCGUUCUCCUCACUGCCGCUGGAUCCAUCCUCACCGUCGAGGCCCGCCACCAGACCGUUCUGAACAUCCUGUCCGGAACCGGUACCUCCGUGCCCAACCCCUUCGACUUCGCUCUUACUCCCAGUGAAAUCUUGGCUCUUGCUGGGCCCUUCUUCGACGGGCCUUGCGACCUUGGUAUCCCCGCCAACCCUGCCCUCAGCGUCACCAACACUGGCGCUAUCGGCCCUGGUACCAGGUUGACCUUUGAGUCUCCUGCCAUCACCCGCGGUGAAGAUCAACAGAACCUCUUCUGCCAGAUGCUCGUUGGAGGCAAGGGCACCGCCAUCCCCUUCCCCAUCGACGACUGCGUUGUUCCCGACGACAUCAACGGCCCCGUCGCCAUCUUCGUCACCUCCGACGGCCAGCCCCUCGUCAACAACGUCCGCGACCGCGCCACCACCCAGCUCGUCGCUGGCCCCGCGCUCGCCUUCAUCGAUAUUGCCCCUCAGACCAUCGGCGCCAUCGCCCGAGGCGGUAACGGGCAAGUCGUUUCCACUGCAACUACUACCGUCUCCCCCGCUGAAGCGACUGCUAUCAUCCUUAGCGCAUCUGGCACUGUCCCUGCUCCCCAGCCCACUGGAACCGCCGCUGUCACGAUCAGCGAGAGCGCCAACUUGGAGACUGGCCCCUCUGCUGACGGUGCUAUCACCGUUAACGGCUGGGAACUGUUGUAG